UGUAAUUUAGUCAGGAAACUACUUGCAUAUCAUACAAAUACAUAACAGGAACAUUGUGACACAUUUCGGCAUAAAUGUAAACAAUAAACAUUCAUAAACUUUAAAGGUAUUGGAACGCGUGUGUACUAAACCGGAAGUACUUCGAUCACCACAUGGAGGAAGAGCAGAAAGUAAUUUAUUGACAGUAGCUAGUCAGUUUGCUUGCUAGCUACUGUACUUGGCGGGGGGGAACAGUCGUCAGUGGGCAACUACAGCAAUGUCAGCCGUAGAAGGAGAAAGCGAUGGACACCAAUGCCUGGACAUAGCAAAGGACUGCGACACGACCAAGCUAUUGUCAGAGCCCGUCACUGUCACCAUUGGAGCAACAGUACCCACAGGGUUUGAGCAUACUGCUGCAGAGGAAGUCAAGGAAAAAAUAGGGGCCGAUGCAAGAAUUAGCAAGGACCGUGGUAGGAUAUAUUUCGAGAUAACCACUGAAAACCUGCCUCGGGUACAUCAUUUGAAGUCAGUCGACAAUUUAUUUGUUGUGGUCCAGGAAUAUGCCAACUAUCAGUUUAAAGACACAAAGGAGGACACUUUAGAAGACUUGCAGAAGUUGGCCUCCAUACUCCCGUGGACGAAUCCACUGGAAGUCUGGAAGCAGAACAAUUCACUGAAGAAGAAGAGAUGGCGGCGGAGAGGGGGUAAUGCAGCGAGGGCAAAGGCCAGCACUGGCAGCAGCAAAGAUGGGGUGGAUGCAGUCACCAUGGAAACAGAGAACCUCCAGCUGGAAUCUGAGACGCCAGGAGGCGGUAGCGGGGAGCCAGGGGGUCCCCCUGCCGGGGACAGUGACACUCUGGGUGAACUGGGUGACAAGGAUGUGGAUGAGCAGGAGGAAGAGGACACAGACCGGCUGCUCAAGUUUCGAGUUACUUGCAACAGGGCAGGAGACAAGCACAGCUUCACUUCCAACGAGGCUGCAAGGGACUUCGGUGGAGCUGUGCAAGACCACUUCCUGUGGAAGCCAGAUAUGACCAAGUUUGACAUAGAGGUGCUCUUGAACAUCCACAACAGUGAGGUGGUAAUCGGCAUCGCGCUGACAGAGGAGAGCCUUCACAGGAGGAACAUCACGCACUUCGGGCCAACCACGCUGCGCUCCACCCUGGCUUACGGCAUGCUCAGACUUUGCAAGCCCCAAGUUUCUGAUGUUAUAAUUGACCCAAUGUGUGGAAGUGGAGCUAUACCCUUGGAGGGAGCUAUUGAAUGGCAGCACGCAUUCUACAUGGCAGGAGACAACAAUGACAUGGCAGUGAGCCGCACAGUGAACAACAUCAGUCACGUCCAGAAGAAGAGACAGGACAAGGGCAGCACAGCAUGGGGUCUGCCCAUAGACACCAUCCAGUGGGACUUGUGCUCUUUGCCAAUGAGGACCGGCUCUGUGGAUAUCAUCAUCACAGAUAUGCCCUUUGGAAAAAGAAUGGGGUCUAGGAAGAAGAACUGGGACUUGUACCCUUCCUGCCUGAAGGAGAUGGCCCGUGUUUGCAGGCCUGGGUCAGGGAAGGCUGUGCUGCUCACCCAAGACAAAAAAUGCUUUGCCAAGGCAGUGUCACAGAUGGGAGGGCUUUGGCGAAAAGCGCAUACCGUAUGGGUCAACAUAGGGGGGCUACAUGCUGGCGUUUACCUCCUUAAACGGACUGGGGCAACGUAUGGAAUGACUCCUGAAGACAUCAGAGAGCCUCGAGAAGCUAAUGAAAGUGCAGGGGAAACAAAAGAGCAUCCAUAGCAAUAUUCAAGCAAAAUAUGUGUAUUAAGUGCACUAUUGAGUGGAAUAGAAAGGUGCAGGAGUUUUUAGACACCUUGUUUUUCUGGAGUGGUAAGAAUUGUAAUAAAUGUGC